AUGACGUCAGAAGAUGUGAAUAGCUACUCAAAGACAGUUCAGUUUCUAAAGAACCACCGAAGCAGAUUACAAGAACGAAUUAAAGAACAGAACAAGGUGCUGUGUUGUCCCCCAUUAAAUCGACUUGAUUUACUAUUUGAGGAACACUUCUGUGGAGGACAAAAACAAGUGUUAUACACUGAGUUAGGGAAAGUCAAACGGCGCGUAUGUAACUACACUUCGUUGAGUACAAAAGCAGUUGUAACACAUCCGUUGGGGUGCGAAAAUAAUUUAGUUGACAUCCACCAAAUACCAAGUAAACGGUUUUGUGUGGACAAGACUGAAAUAGUUUGUCUCGUAACUGAAGAAGAAUUUUGCGACGGUUUUGUCAUCAUCAGAACACCAUGGGGGAAUAGUCUCUCGUUCAAAUUGAAUGAACUGACUGAGAACGAGAAAACAACAAUUGUCGUGUUGUCACAAGACCGCAAAUUCUCUGUUCUUUUACUCAUGAAAAUGGAUCAUAUGAAAAGUGCACAAGAGAAUUACAACAUCUAUUUGCAAGAGAAGGAUGUCCUUAGCACGAAUAAGCCGGACGAAGACACUAUUAUAGUCAAAGACUGGUCCUUUUAUACAACAAAAAGAAACUGGAAAGUCGACGUCGUUCAACACAAUCAAAGCACUCAAAUGAAAGUCAAUGAAACAAAUUUCUACAAUAUUAAAAAUGGAGUUUUAGUGACAAACGAAUGUGAUUUCUUUAAACAACAAUACAACGGAAAGACGUACUACGUGUGUACAAUCGACAUUUCAGUUUUUAAAGAAGAUUUUAUACUUCCAACACCUUAUGGUGAAAAAGUGCCAGUAACUGUAAAAGGUGUUUUGCCAUGGAAAGACUAUAUACUCCAUCAAAUACAAAACAAACCAAACGAAUUUGUGUUUGUCUCAUUUGUCGAGUCACUUUAUAAAGUCAACGAACUCAACAUUGUCAGAAAUGUUCAAAAUGAAUAUGUACCAAAUGAGAGUGGUGUCGAUUAUUUUGCUUAUUACGAUAGAGGUUUUAUCUACAACGCUGGAAAGUAUAAGGAGGACGUGGAUAGACUCCCCGUCUUCUUUCCAAUUUUGUUCAACAACAAAGACGACUGGAAAGUGUUUUACAGAAUCGGGGAAGUACAAAAAACAUAUUUCUUGUUUAAAGUGUUAAAAGAAGAUAUGGUUCUCGAGGUUGAUGUAAUAAGCUCUUAA